AUGGGUAAAUACCACGGGAAAGCAAAUACCGUACUGCGGCCUCGCACCACACACGAGGUCAGCGAAAUAGUCAAAUAUUGUGCAAGUCGGCGGAUCGGCAUAGUACCGCAGGGCGGUAACACUGGUCUGGUGGGCGGAAGCAUUUCCCUUCAUAAAGAAGUCGUCCUCAACCUUGGCGCGAUGUCGAACGUGCGGAAAUUCGAUCCGGUCUCUGGUAUACUAGUGGCAGAUGCAGGUUGCAUCCUCCAGUCACUGAGUGAUCACAUCGCACCCGACAGUCACAUCAUGCCGCUCGAUCUGGGGGCAAAGGGAAGUUGUCAGAUAGGCGGAAAUAUUUCAACGAAUGCUGGAGGUUUACGGCUUCUGCGAUAUGGGUCUCUACAUGGCAGCGUCCUUGGACUCGAGGUCGUGCUUCCAGAUGGUACUAUACUGGAUCAGCUUUCUACUCUCCGCAAGGACAACACAGGAUACGAUCUCAAACAACUUUUCAUCGGCGCCGAGGGCACACUUGGCAUAGUUACCGGCGUCUCCAUCCUCACCCCACCCGCACCACAGGCAACUAACAACGUCUUCCUUGCGUUGCCUCAUUUCGACAACGUGCUCCCCUUGUACCAAACAGUGAAGAGACAGCUCGGUGAAAUCAUGUCAGCGUUUGAAUACAUCGAUCGAACUGCGUACGACAUGGCACUGUCACACGGUCUUGGACCUGUGUUGGAUGCCAAGGAGGUGGGUGACGCACGAUGCUUUGUGCUGAUCGAGACAAGUGGAAGUAACGAAGACCAUGAUAUGGAGAAACUGAAUGUGCUCCUAGAAUCAUUGAUGACAGCGGAUGAACCCCUGAUACUUACAGGAACUCUCUCACAGUCACCUGGCCAAUUUGAGUCUCUCUGGGCAGUCAGGGAGGGCCUGCCCGAAUGCGUGCAGAAGGAAGGGAAACCGUACAAGUAUGAUGUUUCCGUCCCUCUCGCCGACUUUCAAAAGGUCGUGGAUUCUGUCCUUGGGCGGAUGAUAUCCAUGGGCUUACACGGGGACCAUGCGGUCUCGAAGGUCGUGGGCUUCGGCCAUAUUGGUGACGGAAAUCUGCACCUGAACGUCAUUGCUAAACGUGGGUACAGCCCCGAAAUUGAGGCUGCUCUUGAGCCUUUCAUAUACGAACUUGUUGCAUCCCGCAGAGGCUCUGUUUCGGCAGAACAUGGAAUUGGGUCGAUGAAAACACAUGCUCUCCACUACUCAAAGGACAGCGUGAGCAUCGAGUGGAUGCGGAAGAUUAAGCAAGUAUUCGAUCCGCUCAAUAUCAUGAAUCCAGGCAAGGUUCUCCCGUAGAGCAAGUCGUCUAUUACAACUCGUGUAUCUACUCAUGGUUUUGGCGAGGAGGCUAAGCGCUGAACAAUCCUCCAGCGAGCAUUCAACGCUCAUAGUCGUCCGAUGGCAUAGGUAGCAAAUGUGACGUAAGCAUCACCUCUCGACUCUACUUCGGACAACGCGAACGGCAAUGCCAUGUCUGUAGUGAGUACAUGAGACUGGAUCUCGUUAGUAGACUACUCUGUGCUGGUCUGUAUCAUAGGCUGCUGAGGGAAAUUGCAUACGAAUCGUACUGCAUACUUGAACCCGAAAAAAUGG